CUAAGGUUUUCAUAGCCUUGUUCUAGCAUCCUUUAAAAUACAUUGAUAUGUACGUCUUUUCUGUGGCUAUUAGAUCAUUUUUCAAGGAGGUGACAAAUUAAGGUUAGCAAUUCGAAUCUAUAGAGGAGAGGGUGAGAUAAAUAUCAAAGAAAAAUUGAGUCGGGUAAUGAGCUGAGUACGAAGAGUGGGUUGAGCGGAGAACGGGCCAAGGCAGCAAAGAUGGGUAGGUAUCCAAGCUUUGGCUUAGGGAGGUUGUGGGAUUGGACCUAUCAUAAUUUCCCAACAAAUUGCUAGUGGGAGAUACUAAACAGUAUAAGACGGGUUCUUGAAAGUGCAAAAUUGUCCGGAACAAAGUCUACUAAGUCAACCCUUGUCUUGAUCUGUCUAGUUGAUCGUAUCAUUAUCAAACCCAACUUGGUUGAGGAAUCUAUAUCGUCGGCUAUUACACAAAUCUGAGAAUGACGUUCCUUCUUGCUACCAAGGCUUUUACCAGGCAAUGAGGGAAAGAUGAAAAGUCGACAAUGGGUUUUGAUUUUGGAUUCAAGGAUGAGCAGAAGGUUCUGAAAAGGUUUUGGCCUUGUUUUUGUGUAUCCACCUUCAUGUAUACAUUACAUCUAUUGCAUUAGUUUUUGAGCACCAUCCAUUCAAACAAACAAGUGAAAUUAUGGCUGAACUUGCUGUAACCGCUGCAUUGAGUUCGGUCCAGAUCGUUCUGACUUUUUUCCAGAUCGCUAGAAGUUCCAAUCACCGACGAGAUUUGCAGAAUGAAAUCGUGGAACUGAAAAGAUGGCUGAAAGCAAUCAAGGCCUUCAUUGAAGACCAUGAUGGGAGCGAAGGGAGCAGCACGCUGCAAAAUCAGAUGGAAGAUAUUCGAGAUGUUGCUUAUGAUAUUGAAGAUGUCCUUGACGAGAUUGUCCUUCACUCACCACCAUAUACAUUUCACAAUCAUGAAAUUACUCGGCAGCUUCACAACAUUGCCCACAAUCUGUAUCAUGGGUUUCCACUUCAAGGGAUCUCCGACAAGAUAGCAACCAUCAAAGAAAAAAUUGAGGAUAUCAAGUCACAGCGUAAAACUUUUCGUGAUAGUUAUCCCGGACCAUCAUCAAGUUCUAGAACCAGGGUCCAGCACCGGGUGAGUCCUCUUCUCCUUGAUGAUGAAAUGGUUGGCUAUGAAGAGCCAAAAAAGAAAUUUAUUCAUCGGUUGGUAGAUGGACAAAAGGGGCUGGUCAGACUAGCCGUGGUUGGUCCUGGUGGCUCCGGGAAGACAACAUUUGUGAAAAAUGUUUUCUGGAAACGAGGAAUUCGGGGAAGAUUUGAUUGUCAUGCUUGGGUUCAUGUGUCUCAGCACUUUAAUGUUGAGGAACUCUUUAUCAACAUGCUGAAACAGUUCUGUUAUUCCAGGAAGGAACCAUAUCCAAUUGAUGACAGUUUAAGCCCACUGGCAAAGCUGCAAAAUUACCUGGCUGGAAAGAAGUUCGUUCUCGUUCUUGACGAUAUUUGGAGAAAGGAACACUGGGAUGACAUCAAGGCUGCAUUCCCAAACGCGUUUGGCUGCAGAAUAGUUGUCACGACCACGUCCUCGACUGUGGCCUCCGUAUGUGCAUCAUCAAGUGAUCUCGUAUACAGCUUAAAUGGAUUAGAAUGGCUAGAAGGCUGGAAACUCUUCUGCAGAAAUGCCUUCCCGGACAGCAAUGGAGAGUGCCCUUCUGAGUUGAAGGACUCUUCUGUAAAAAUUGUCAAAAGAUGUGAAGGACUGCCCUUUGCUAUUGUGGCGGUUGGUGGUGUACUUGCACAGAAAGCAAGACUUCCAAAUGAGUGGGAAAGGUUUCAUAAUAGUCUUGGAUAUGAAAUCGGGAGUGGUUCCAAGCUGUCUGUCAUCAGCAAUGUUCUACUGCCAGGUUACAUGGAUCUCUCCAGCAAUCUGAAGAGUUGUUUCUUGUACUUCAGUAUUUUCCCUGAAGAUUACUCUGUCAAGCGUGGAAGGUUGAUACGUCUCUGGGUAGCUGAACGGUUUGCGACAGCGAGAGACGAGAAAACUGCAGAGGAGAUUGCUGAGGAUUAUCUUGAUGAACUUAUUCAGAGGAAUUUGGUUCAUGUUUCCAACUGGGAUUUUGAUGGUCGACCUAGAAGUAUUCGAGUCCUUAACCUUGUCCUCAAGUUUAUCAUCCAAAAGUGCAAGGAUGAAAAUUUUACAUCAAUCUUUCGUAGAGCAAAUACAUGCCAAAGCCAGAAGAUCCGGCGUCUGUCUAUCCACAACGAUUGCACCCAUUUGCCCCAGAACAGUGACUUUCAGGGUGUCCGUUCAAUGUUUCUAUUGGGAUUGAUUGAAUCAUCUCUUCCUGAUUUUGAGCGGAUUUUACGGAAGUCCAAGUUGCAAAAAGUCUUAGACUUGCAAGAAGCUCCUCUCGCAGAAUUUCCCGAGGACAUCACAAAUCUCACCCUUCUGAGAUAUCUUAGUUUGAGGGACACCAAAAUAACAAAGAUUCCCAGUUCUAUUAAGAAACUUUCUUACCUUGAAACCUUGGACCUAAGGCAAACUGAUAUCACAGAGCUUCCGAAAGAAAUAUCCUACCUGCACAACCUCUGCCACCUCUUUGCGUACAAGUACAAUGUGAUCAAUUUUGUAGUUUUUGAUUCAGUGCGAGGUGUUAAGAUACCUGGCGAAAUUGGGACGUUAACUAAUCUACAGGAUUUGUCUCUUGUGAUCGUAGACGCAAAGGGCAGAAUCCUCGAACAUUUGAAAAAAUUGAGCCAACUCAGGAAGCUAGGACUUACAGGGCUCCUGGCUAAGCAUGUUGAAGCUCUGUCUGCAUCUGUUGAACAGAUGAAAAAUAUCAGAACUCUGGAUUUAUGCUCCGCCAGCAAGGCCGAGUAUCUUGAAGUGAGAGCGCUGGAAAACCCUCCUCACACUCUUCAGCGUCUAUACUUAAAAGGGCGGCUGGGAGAACUUCCCCGGUGGAUCUCCUCACUUAACAACCUGCUCCGGAUUGGUCUGAAGUGGUCUAAAAUGAAGAAAAGCCCACUGCCAGCUCUCGCGCCCCUGCCAAACCUGGUGCAGCUUCAGCUGGUGGACUGUUAUAUUGGGGAAGAGUUGAUAUUUGAAGCUGAAUGUUUCAAGAAGCUAAAGAAUUUAGAGAUUGAAGAAUUCUCCACACUUCACACAAUCGUGAUACAGCACGGAGCGAUGCCUGACCUGAAAGAGAUAUCACUUCGUAAGUGCCCUGAAUUGAGGAUGUUUCCACUUGGAAUACACAAUCUUGCCAAGAUUGAGGAGCUGACCCUGUAUGACAUGGCCAAGGAGUUCAUAGCUCGACUCAGAAGGAAUGGUGAAGAUCGAGAGAUGGUUAGCCACAUUCCUGUAAUUCACUCCUUCACUCUGAAGAAUCGGUCUUGGUCACUUGAGAAUCUUUCCGACUCUUUCUCAAGUCGAAGCAGCCGUAACAGUGUGUUUCAAUAACACUUUGUCUUUCAAGAUAAUAAAGAAAAUAUGAAAAAACUAUAUGUCGAGUUUGUUUUCCGACAUUAUGGCAAGUAAUUUGUCGUGUAAUAUAUACUUGCUGCUUGUCUCCCUUUCUUGAUUAGUUCUGUAGUAGUGUUGGUAAUAUGUUUGGUUAUGAGAUAUUAAUGUUAUAAGAUUAAGCUAUGAACAUGCAUUUGCGUGGCAAU